AUGAAGUAUUCUGAAUUUCUCGUGUCCAACUUCGAGGGUUUGUUUAUGUUUUUAGUAGUGUUCGGUGUCGCCUGUUUAAGCCUUAAUUUAUUUCAAGUCUUACAAAUUAUAUCAUUCGGUGGCAACAUGGAUGAACUUUACCAGCAUAUUGUUUACAUAAUUAUCAUUAUUCUGUACAUGUUUUUAACUAACUACUUGGGACAAGAAAUUGCUGACCAUAAUGAUCGCGUGUUCGUAACCGCGUACAAUAUUCAAUGGUACGUAGCACCUUUACAAACUCAGAGGAUGAUACUGUUUCUCUUGCAAAGGAAUAAAAGGACAUUCAAUCUUAAUAUCGGAGGAAUAGUCACAGGAUCCUUAGAAAAUUUCGCCUCGGUAAAAUAUCUAAUGGAAGAACUUCAACGGAUAUGUAACGAGCUAAAAGACAAAAAUGAAAUCGCCAUCAUAAAAAAGUACGGAAACAAUGCGAAACUUUAUACGGCUACACUUACGUGUAAGAGAACAUGA